AUGGCCCUAACAUCUAAAAACAAGAUGGGUUUUUUAAAUGGCACAAUACCUGUCCUAGCUACCACUGAUCCCAUUUAUCUGUCGUGGGAAUGCUAUAACACCCUUAUCAUCUCUUGGUUGUUAAACUCUUUGUCACCAUCAAUUGUGCAGAGUGUUAUUUUUCUUGACCGUGCCGUAGACAUAUACAUGGACCUUCAAGAACGAUUUUCCCAAAGUGAUUUUUACGAUAUCCGACAAGGCUCCCGAUCGGUCUCUGAUUACUAUACAGCGCUAAAGUCAUUGUGGGAGGAGCUCGACAAUUUUCGUCCCUUCCAUGUUUCCACAUGCUCCACAAAACUUUAUCAUCAACAAGACUUCAUAAUACGUAUUUUGAAAGGCUUAGAUGAUCAUUUCUCUGUUGUUCACUCUCAAAUACUUCUGAUGGACCCAUUACCGUCUAGUAAUCGUGUUUUCUCCAUGGUAGCUCAACAAGAGCGUCAACAUUCUUCAUCAUCCACCAUUGAUGAACCAAAUGCCUUCAUCAAUGUUGGACAGUCGACAUAUGGAAAGGGACACGGCAUAAGAGGACCUAGCGGACCAGCAGGAGUCAAUGCCCGAACCAAUGGUUCUAACAAAAAGUGUAUCUACUGUGGCUGUACCGAACACACAGUGGACGUCUGUUACUCCAAGCACGGGUAUCCUCUUGGUCACCCGCAUUACCCCGGACGACCAAGGUUUCACAACCGGGACAACUCUCCUUCCUCUGUUGUCGUCAAUAGCGCUACACAAGAAGUAGAUUCACACAUUCAUUCCUCGAUUAGUCAAGACAAUGAUUCCAACGAGUUGGGCUUUAGCCUAACUAGAGCCCAAUAUCAAGGACUUCAAGGUCUCCUUCAGCAACAAAAACCAAAUACAAAUGCUAGUCCAUCCACAGCUUCUCCUUAG